GGCGGCUCCCGGCGGUAUCCCAGGAAUGCGCGGCGCGGGAUGGCGGCCCUGCGGCUGCACGGCCCGACGUGCUGAGCUGAAGGAACCGGGCCAAGAGGACCGGGCCAAAGGGACAGAACCGGGCUGAAGGAACCGGGACCGGCCUGAAGGGAGAGAGAGAGAGAGAGAGAAACGGGCCGAACGGACGGAGCCGGGCUGGGCUGAAGGGAGCGGAUUGUGGAGACAGAACGGGGCUGAGGAGACAGAACUGGGCCGAGGGGGCCAAGCCGAGGUGACAGAACCGGGCCGAGAGGACAGAACUGGGCCAAGGAGACAGAACCGGAUUGAGGGGACUGGGCCCGGCCAAGGGGGGAGAGAGAACCGGGCCGAAGGGACAGAACUGGGCUGAGGGCACCGAACCGGGCCCGGCUGAGGGGAGAGGAUCCAAAGAACCGGACUGAGGGGACCAAACCGGACCAGGCCCGGCUGAGGAGACAGGACCGAACCGGACCAGGCCCGGCUGAGGGCCCCGGGCCAUGGCGGAGCCGCUGCUGCGGAGGACCUUUUCUCGGUUACGGGGCCGGGACCGUCCGCGUAGGAAGAAAUCGGAUGGCAAAGAGAGAGAGCACCCCCAGCCCGGCCCUGACCCACUGCCAGCCCCCGAGGCAUCCCCGGCGCCCCCUGAACCGUCAGCAUCCCGCAGGCAGAACUGGACUCGCUUCUCCGGCCGUCAUCCUCCUCCCAGAGCCCCCCUGGAGGGGUUGGAACCCACGGAGCAGGAUGCAACCAGCAGCACCCCGCCAUCCGCUGCGGAUCCACCCGGCGAGGAGCCCUCGGAGCUGGCAGAGGAGGCAGAUGCAGCAGAGCUCUGCGGUCCCGGUCGGAGCCCAGGGCACGGUGCUUACCUGCAGAGCCUGGAAAGGAGCAGCCGGCACUGGGUGCUGUCCUCGGGGAAGGCAGCGGGGCUGGAUGAGGCGGGUGGAGGCACCGAGAUGGAAGUCGGAACGGGAGGCAGCGAAGGGGAGAUCUGGUACAACCCUAUCCCCGAGGACGAGGAUCCUCCGAAGCCGUGCAGAGAGGAUGGCAAAGGGAUGGCAGAGAGCCCCGGAGCGCACGGCAUGGAGGAGCCGGCUGCUGGCAGGAGCCAGGCUUGUGCAAAGAUGCCCAUCCCCUGCGUCAGCUCGGGGGCAGGGCUCCCAUCCCCGUCCCCCCCCUCCAGCCCCGGUGCCACCAAGAAGGGCCGCUCUCUCAGCAAGGUGAAGUCCCCGGGCACUGUGCGCCGCCUCUCCAUGAAGAUGAAGAAGCUCCCGGAGCUGCGGAGGAAGCUGAGCCUACGCAGCCCUCGGCCGAGGGGACAGGAGGGCAGCACGUCUCCUUCCGACGCCCGCAAGGAAUCCAGCAACGUCAUCAGCCGUUACCACCUCGACACCAGCGUGGCAUCGCUGCCUCGCUCCAAAGCAGCCAGCAAAGGAGGCUACCUGAGCGACGGGGACUCGCCGGAGCUGCCGGCUAAAACCGGGGUGCUCGCCGAACCGGAGGACGGGGAGAGCGGCUUGGAUGUGGCCGCUUUCCGGCCCUACAGCUGCGGGGAGCUGCCGCGGGGCGGGCAGCACAUCUCGGGGUUGGUCAGCGUGCACCUCUACGGCGUGCGGGACCUGAAGCCGCCGCGCGCCGAAACGCGGGAGGUUUUCUGUGUGCUGCAGGUGGACGCGGCCAACCGGGCUCGCACGGCCCUGCUGCCCUGCAAGGCCGCUUUCCUCGGCCUCAACCACACCUUCAACCUGGAGCUGGAGGGCGCGCAGCUGCUCAAGGUGAUGGUCUUCUCCUGGGACCCCUCCUCCUGCCGCAACCGCCUCUGCUGCCACGGCUCCGUGCUGCUGCCCCACAUCUUCCGGGGCAGCCGUGCCCAACAGCUGGCGGUGCAGCUGCAGCCCCGCGGUGUCCUCUUCACCAAACUCACUUUGGUGGAGCAGUGGGAAGGUCCCGGCGAGCGCGAGCCCCGCGUCUUCGGCGUGGAGCUGGGCCAGCUGGUGGAGAGGGAGAAGACGGCCUCCAAAGUGCCCCUGCUCAUCCAGAAGUGCGUGGCCGAGAUCGAGAAACGGGGGCUGAAGGUGGUCGGGCUGUACCGCCUCUGCGGUUCGGCCGCCGUCAAGAAGGAGCUGCGCGACGCCUUCGAGAGGGACAGCGCGGCCGUGACGCUGUCGGAGCAGCUCUACCCCGACAUCAACGUCAUCACGGGGAUCCUGAAGGACUACUUGCGGGAGCUGCCCACGCCGCUCAUCACCCCCACGCUGUACCACGUCGUGCUGGAGGCCAUGGCCAAGCGGCCCCCCCGGACCCCCCCGGCCGAGCGGGAUGCCGUCCCGCUGCUCGACUGUCUGCCCGACGUGGAGAAGGCCACGCUGACGCGACUCCUGGACCACCUGAGCUUGGUGGCUUCGUUCCACGACUUCAACCGCAUGAACUCUCAGAACAUCGCCGUCUGCUUCGGGCCGGUGCUGCUCACGCAGAGCCAGGAGCCCCGGCGCGGUGGCACCGCCGCCGCCGUCCCCCGCAGCUACGCCCGCAGCGAGGACAUCGCCAGCGCCGUCGACUUCAAGAGGCACAUCGAGGUGCUGCAUUACCUGCUGCAGGCCUGGCCGGCCCCACGUUCCCCCCUGACCCCCCAAGUGCCACCCACCCACCCUCGGCAGCCACCGCCGCGCCUGGACCUGCCGGACACAACCGUGGUCGCCCGACACCGCCCCCGGGGGCCCGAAAGCCCCCCCAGCAACCGCUACGCCGGCGACUGGAGCGUCUGCGGCCACCAGUUGGGUGGUGGAUACGAGGAGGUGACAACGGGUGACAACGACAGCCGGGCCGCCCACCGCCGGACCCUCUUCGUGGCCGACUUUGGUCUCGGUGACGACCCCGAAGCGCCCUUCGGCCCCCGGCUCAACCUCAAGGACUUCGACGCGCUCAUCCUCGACCUCGAGAGGGAACUCGCCAAGCAGAUCAACGUCUGCCUGUGAUGCCGGUACCGGUCCCGGUUCCGGUCCCGGUUCCGGUCCAGGUGACAGCACCGGUACCGCUGGGAGAGCGACCAAAAAAGCAAGCACUUGCCUCUUGUUGCCUUCGAUUUGCACAGCGCCGAGCAGAAGGGACCCCGACGGAGGAGGUGACGCCGUCUUUGUGGGACCCCGGACCCUCUGGGGUGACCCCCAUCCCCGUACCCCCCCAACCCGGCUGCACCCCCUCCCUGCACAGCCACGCUCCCAUUUUUGGGGGGGGUGGAGCAGAAGGGGGGGUACUUUUUGCUCGGGGUGUUAUUAUGGCCAAAUCCUGCCCUCAAGUGCCUGUUUGCCCCCCCUUCGCCCUUCCCCAGUGGCCCCCUCCGUGGGUGCCCCCUCCCCACAAUCAGUAUUGACAAGGGUCCAUGACCUCCAUCGCUCAGGCUGGGGGGGGGGGGGGCACACUGUCCCCCUCCCCAUCACCCCCCUACGCUCACGGAGGGGGGGGGGGGGGGCUCCCCAAAAUCCCCUCCCCGUUGCUGCCACUCUGAGGAUGGCGAUGGCACUCCCUCCCAUCCCCAUGGGCGGCAUCGGGGACCCCCAACCCCCAUUUUUCUGCCCCCCCCCCCCCCCCCCCCAUUCUGGGUGGGGGGGUGCUGCCGGUACGGGAGCGCUCAGCUUUAUUUAUUACCCGAGCUUCGUGUGCGUGCGUGCGUGUGGAUGGACUGCAGCCAGCAGUAAUAAACCUUUCCCCCCUCCCCUCCCAAAAAUAAUAAACCCAGAGCCAGUGUUAGAGUGGGGGAGGUGGGGGAGGCUAAAAUGAACCCCCCCCACCCCCAAAAAAAACAAAAACAAAACAGCCUUGCUCAGUAUUAGCCUUACAGGAACCAGCUGAAUGUGAACGCACCGGCCCGGCCGGGCUGAGCCAGCAGUGUUAAAUGCUCGGGCAGGGGGUGCAGCAGCGCUCAGAGGGGCGUUUGGGGACACAGCUAUGUCCCCCCCCCCCCACACCCCCCCCACCAUGCUGGGGUGAGCUGCCAUCCCCCUGCCCUGCCCACCGCCUUGUCACCGUCACCAGCAAUAAAGGACACAAAGCUGCACUCGC